GCCCCUCCCCCGCAGGAGCCCGGAUGAGGAAGUGAAGCGCUGACAGGGCUGGGUUCCGUCUGAGAGUCGAAGCCGAACCGCGUCCAGACAGACUGAAACAAACCCGCGCAGCGAACCGAACCCGCCGCCGCCGCAGCCUUCAGCCCCGCAGAGACGCGACCGAGCGCCGCAGACAUGAACGAGCAGCAGUUGGACUGUGCGCUGGACCUGAUGAGGCGUUUGCCUCCGCAGCAGAUCGAGAAGAACCUCAGCGACCUCAUCGACCUGGUGCCCAGCCUGUGUGAAGAUCUGCUGUCGUCCGUGGAUCAGCCGCUGAAGAUCGCUCGCGAUAAAGUCGUGGGCAAAGACUAUCUGCUGUGCGACUACAACCGUGACGGCGACUCCUACAGAUCCCCCUGGAGUAAUAAAUACGAGCCUCCGAUCGACGACGGCGCCAUGCCGUCCGCCCGUCUGCGCAAGCUGGAGGUGGAGGCCAACAACGCCUUCGACCAGUACAGAGACCUGUAUUUCGAGGGCGGGGUUUCCUCCGUCUACCUGUGGGAUCUGGAUCACGGCUUCGCCGGCGUCAUCCUCAUCAAGAAAGCCGGCGACGGCUCCAAGAAGAUCAAGGGCUGCUGGGACUCCAUCCACGUGGUGGAGGUGCAGGAGAAGUCCAGCGGCCGCACGGCUCAUUACAAACUCACGUCCACCGUCAUGCUGUGGCUGCAGACCACCAAAACGGGCUCUGGAACCAUGAACCUGGGCGGCAGCCUCACCCGACAGAUGGAGAAAGAUGAGACGGUCGGUGAAUCUUCCCCUCACAUCGCCAACAUCGGCCGCCUGGUGGAGGACAUGGAGAACAAGAUCCGCUCCACUCUCAACGAGAUUUACUUCGGCAAGACCAAGGACAUCGUCAACGGCCUGAGAUCUAUCGAGUCUCUUCCUGAUAAUCAAAAGUACCGUCAGUUGCAGCGGGAGCUCUCUCAGGUUCUGACCCAGCGUCAGAUCUACAUUGACUAGGGAGCGUCCAGACGCUGGCGGAUAAAUCGAAGCAGGAGGCUCUGAAGAACGACCUGAUGAUAGCGCUUAGCCAACGCAAGCAGCAAAGCUAGAGACGAUCACCUACCCGUCUCUCUCUCCGUCUGUCUCACUCUUUCUGUCUCUCCACCUCGUGUCUGUCUGUGGAAAACAAAUGGAAAAGGAGAAAAGGCUUUUUGUUUUUGUAUUUUCAGCUGUCUCUCUCUCCGCCUGUCUGUCUCUCUGGUCUUUAAUCAUGUAGUAUUAAGAUCUGUCUGAUUGGUGACAUCACAGUGGGGGCGGAGCUUUUCUCCCACCAUCAGAAGAACAAGUUUGAGUAGUCUCACCCUCCACCCGUCAGAAAUAAUCGAGGAGCCCCAGAGAGGCGGGUGAUUAUAUAAAUAUAUAUAUAAAUAUAUAUAUAAAUAUACACACAUGUAUGUAUUAUGACCUUUAUCAUUAAUAUUGAUCUUGCUGUUAAUAUUAAAGUUCUGUUUGAAUCCACACAGAUGAGUGUGUGUGAGUGUGUGUGUCUGUGCGAGAGUGUGUGUGAAUCUCUCAUUAACAAAAGCAGCAAACAUAUUCCUCCUGUCUCUCUCUCUGUCCAUCUGGGAGCGUCAGACGGUUUCGUCGUUUUCUUAAGGGGUGGAUUAUUAUUUGUCAAGUUUUUUUUUUUUUUUUCUUUUGGUCUUUUUUGUUUGUUUUUUUGUAAAGCUUACAGUUUAUGUUAAGUUAGGGCCUCCAGCAUCAAUAAAAACAGGAAAAACUAA